UUAGAUUUGAGUAGCCUGUGUGAUGCCUCUGAAUGGAUUGAAAGAAGGGAGUUAGGACAUUCGUAACAACCACCAUUAUAAUUAUUUUCAACACAUACGUUAUUGUAUGUGACAGUUGUUCAUAUCGAGGACUAUGGGUGAACCUCCAGCACCAACGUUUGGGUCAUUGGAAGAGGAAGUCAGUUAUUGGAAAGAGGUGGCUGUUAAACAUCAACAAAGUGCUCUAGACGCACACGACGAGCUACAGGAAUUUCAGCAAAUGAGCCGAGAUUAUGAGACAGAACUUGAGACUGAGUUGAAACAAUGUGAAGCGAGGAACAAGGAGCUACAAUCCAACAAUGAACGUCUGCGUUCGGAACUCGAUAACAUCAAGGAAAAAUUUGAGGCACAACACACUGAUGCAUUUCGGCAAAUGUCGAGGCUAGAGGAUGAGCUUGCAGAGACUACUGCAGUAAGGGACCACCUACAGAAAUACAUCAGAGAACUGGAACAGUCCAACGACGACUUGGAGCGGGCUAAAAGGGCCACAAUUAUGUCUUUGGAAGAUUUUGAGCUGCGGAUGAACCAGGUUAUUGAGAGGAAUGCUUUCCUAGAAAGUGAGCUAGAUGAAAAGGAGAAUCUUCUAGAAUCAGUUCAGAGGCUGAAAGAUGAGGCCAGAGAUCUUAAACAAGAGCUGGCUGUGACGCAGAAGCAGGAUCAUCGCCCUCCAUUAAGAAUUUCCAGGGACAUGGACAAGCCAGAAGCGCCAUCACAACUUCCUGGUCGUACCUCUGUCCCAGCCACCCCUGCAAACCCAAUUGGAUCAUUCUGCACGCCAUCAACAACACAUUACAGAGGUAUCUCCAUGACUGGCACUCCUCUCACCACUUCUGCUAGGAUCUCGGCGCUCAACAUUGUUGGGGAGCUGCUUAGGAAAGUGGGGAACCUAGAAUCCAAGCUUGCCUCGUGUCGAGAUUUUGUUUUUGACACACCAGCUGUUAGGCCAGCCCUUUCUGCAGGGACUGCAUCUGCAGCCGCCCCCUCAGACACCUCGGAGAUCCACUCCACUGGCCACACCGUGCCUCAGUUUGAGAAAAGUUUGGUGAAGCGGUUGGAAUUCGGACCUGCAUCUUCCCACUCAGCUCCAUCACCACUGCAGUCUCCACAAGGUGGGGUCAAGAUGCUGCUGUAGGACACCAACAAACUACCUCCGUUCCCUACCCAUAAUUCCAAUGGGGAUUUUUAUUGUGUCUGUGUCCUGUUUGUGUCCUGUGUACCUCAUGCAUCACUUCAGUUGGUGUGUUUGAAAUGGCUUCCCGUCUGUCCUCUUCUGCGUGUGGUCACUGAAGAGCACAGCGAUGUGCUAGCUGCCCCCUGCUCCUUGCUUUUGCAUGCCCAGCUAGUUUGGAACCAGGGAGGAUGAGAUAGAUACGGAGUGUAAUGGAAUCAGAACCCACAAGAAAAGAACUCUUGACUGUUGACAUACAAUUUCCUGCUGAGAACAGCUUAGCAUCUUUGUAGUUUUUAUUUCCUAAUCAUCCGCAUGGAGAAAGCAUAUCCCUGUGACCUUACACAUCAUCUAACCUCAUCUGCCCCCUGUGGGCCUCCUGGGCGGGCAGCCCUGGGUCUUCUAACUGGGCCAGGGGCCUGUCUGGGGCUUAGCGUUAGCCUUUAGCCACUGCUGCCUUCUAACGAGAUCUGCGUCUGUAGAGCGCUUCCUUGGAGACAUACCACAGCCAUUCUUCUUCAGCUGACUGCAGUUACGUUGCCUCGAUUGCUGAAGCUCACGCAUUUGUGUGUCAAUAGCUGCAGGCUACUGCAUCUGCACUGUGGUGAAGUGGCUUUAGUUGUGAUACUUUAAAAAAAAUGAAAUAAAAAUAUGUAUUAGCUGCCCUAAGAUCUGCUGCAGGGACAAGUUGAGAUGUUUGGCUUUAUCUUAGUUUGUUGACGUUCUUGUUUGUAAUUAAGAUUCAAUUUAUUGAAAGGUAAAUCAAUCCUGGCUGUUAAAUUUGUUCUACCACACCAGCGUGGUCAAGUGAGUGGUGAGUGUGUAGAUCAGACGUUGAAUUUGGUGUGACUCACGUAUAGAGCAAUAACAUGUGAUGGUAAUAUUCCUUCACUCUAUUUACUAUGUAAACAUUCAGUUUCACAUCAAGGUCAUAAAUGGAUAUACUCUAUGCAGUACAGUAUCUGUUUUUGCUUCAGAAAGGCUAUAAAGGAACAUGCCUUGGCAAUCUAAACUGUUAUUUGAAGCUUGAUGGUUUCAGUGCUAAAAUUAAAAUAGAACUUUUAAAUAUGGUAAACAUAUUCUUAUUCUGUCUAGUCAUAAAUAAAUAGUAUAUAGGUAGAUAUAUCCAUAUAUGAAGUUUAAUGACUGAUCAGCUAGGUGUAGUUUAUAGGUCAAUAUGCCAUUAACUUUCCUAAUAUGAGGUACGCAAAAAUAACUGCACUGAACAGUACUAUGGAAAUCUGUCCAGUAUUGUAACAAGUACAGGCUGUGGGGUCAGAAAAUGCUAUUUUUAAUAUGGAAUAUACAUAUGUUGGUUUGAGUACUCAUGGGUACCGUUCAGCUUUAAAGUCAAAUGAUCAUAGCUUACACUUCAAGAGAUAUUGUUUUUGUUAUCAGCAUGUCAGAACCAAACAACUGGCAAGCCUAUGUGUUUGUCUAAACAGAGACUUUCCAUUUUCAUCAGAUUUGCAUUGUUCUUUUAAGUACAUUGUUUAUUGAACUUACCGUAGAUUGAUACUAUUUUUUUUAUAAAUGUUUAGUGGAUGUUCUGCUUUCUGAAGUGACAUCACAUUCAUUCAUUUUGAAACCAACAACUAUACUUUCCAUAACUUAAUUUAUCCCAUAACUGUUUUUUUUUUAUAAAUGAUUUGUACAUGUUAAAGUUUGGUUAUGGUAUUUAAGUAGUUGUUUGUUGAGUUUGGCCAUUGUGCUGUAAUGUUACAGUGCGUUGUCAUGGCAAAAAGCACAAGUUAUGACCGAAAGAUCACAGCUAUUCCAGUUACUCUACAGGGCACUGCGUCUGUAUACCCAGAAACGGGACGUGUGGUCACAGAUCCAUAGUUUUAAGUCUAAGACCUUAUAUUUUUGUCUCCAACAAACUACUUAUCUUUGGAAUAAUUUGUAAAACGUUUCACUGUGAGAUAUGAGAGGUAGACAAGCAAUAUUUGCAAGACUUUGCAGGGGACCCUAGUUUUACAAAACGUAUUUGUAUGUGGCUUUCUUUGACACUGUUACACUGUCAGGAAAAGUUACAAUAAACUGAAUAUCAAA